AUGGCCUCAGCCGAUAAGCCCCGGAUCUUACUUCUUUCACUUUCAUACGAAGACUACUUCGAGGCUUCUUACGCCCAGUUCCUCGAUCGACUUUCCGAAGUAUCCGACUUGAGUCGUGCAAAGACCAUAGACGCUGCGCCCCGGGCCAUCUCCAGCGUCAGCUUCAAAGCCAUAAUCAUCACAGACCAGGGCCUCACUCACCCUGAUCCGACAAAGAAAGAAGUCCUGCCCAAGGUCAAACGUUACAUUGAAGAGGGCGGACUUGCAAUCAUUGGUCUGCACUUUCCAUCUUUCACCACACCCAAGAUUUUCGAGAGCUUCUUCUAUGCAUUUGAUCUUCCUUGGAAGAGUGGUGCCUAUCACCGGACAGCCUUCCAGUUUUCUCCGUCUACCAAGUUGCCCCCGAGCGCUGAGCUAGCUUGGUUGCCUGAGCCAUACAGCAUGAAGGCUCUCUCCAUGCUCUAUGAGAAGAUGUUUGUUCCUGUUCCCGGUGCUUUGACGGAAAGUCGCGUUGACAUCCCUGAGCCUGUUGAUGAAACGCAAGCCGCGGUUUUGGGAGCGAAGAUCGGACUGGGUCAUCUGGUAUACUGUGGGGAUGUGAAUGGAGAGAGGGAGUCUUUUGCGCUGAUCAUGGCACUUUGCGGGCUCCAUUUCUCGACUUGA